CCUAGGAGGGUAUCCGCAAAAGCUCACGUUUAGAACUUUUUUAGAAGUUUGUUUUUGUUCUUGUUUUGCCUCUUCGUCUGCUUCCCUCUCUCUCACUUCGGAUAUUUUGAGCCGUCGCUAAUAAAAGUGCCCCGCAUUAGCAGUCCGGAAUACAAAGGCGAUGAUUUGGUGGAAUUUUUGAAAUGACCGGCGAAACAGUCGCGAGAAGUAGUAAGGGUCUGAUCAUGCUGCUCUUGAGUUGUACGCCGGUACUUUGCCUCCGACUGUCUACUAAGCACCAUUCGACGAGAAGAGCGUCCACGUCCUUGCGCUGAAGGUCAUUCCAAGAUCACAGUGGCUGAGGAGGAACCUCCCGAUUCUGGGACGGACCCGGACCACAAUGCCACCUUUGUCGCCUUCGGUGUCAACAGCAACAACAUGACACAAAUGGGGAGAACCGAAGGGGGAGGUGUGGUCAGGGGCGUGUCCCUCCGGCGAAGCCACUCCCGAUCGUCAUCUUCCCUGCCCCCGGAGCCCUUCAUGAUCGUCAAGAGCCGCACCCUUAACAAGAGGGUCACCCUGAAUGUGGGGGGCGUGAAGCACGAGGUGCUGUGGAGCACCCUGGACAGUCUGCCGCACACUAGGCUGGGAAGGCUCAAAGAGUGCAACUCGCACGAGGCCAUCAUGGAAAUCUGUGAUGAUUAUAGCCUGGUGGACAAUGAGUACUUCUUCGAUCGGCACCCUCGCUCCUUCAGCGCAGUACUCAACUUCUAUCGCACGGGCAAACUCCACCUGGUGGAGGAGAUGUGCGUUCUUGCCUUCAGCGACGACCUCGAAUACUGGGGGGUGGACGAGCUGUACAUGGAGUCCUGCUGCCAGCACAAGUACCACCAGAAGAAGGAGCACGUACACGAGGAGAUGCGCAAGGAGGCCGAGUCCCUCAAGCAGCGCGACGAAGAUGAGUUCGGACUCAGCAGAUGCUCGCAGUACCAGAAGUUCCUGUGGGAUCUGCUCGAAAAACCCAAUUCAUCUCUGGCAGCCAGGGUGGUGGGUGUGAUCUCGGUUCUGUUCAUCGUUUUAUCAACGUUAGCCCUGACCCUGAACACUCUGCCGUCGCUGCAGGAACAGGACGCCAAGGGUCAUCCGAUCGACAACCGCGAAUUGAGCAUCGUGGAAGCCGUCUGCAUCACGUGGUUCACCCUCGAAUAUCUCCUCCGAUUCCUGUCGGCCCCCAACAAGUGGAAAUUCUUCAAGGGGCCCCUGAAUGUGAUAGAUCUGUUGGCCAUCCUGCCCUACUUUAUCUCGCUGUUCCUGAUAGAGACUAAUAACAGCACGGAAUCCUUCCAGGAUGUGAGGAGGGUGGUGCAGAUCUUCAGGAUCAUGCGGAUCCUCAGAAUCCUAAAACUGGCCCGCCAUUCCACUGGGCUACAGAGCUUGGGAUUCACACUCCGCAACAGCUACAAGGAGCUCGGCCUGCUAAUGCUCUUUCUGGCCAUAGGGGUCAUGAUCUUCUCGUCCUUGGCUUAUUUUGCCGAAAAGGAUGAACCAGAGACCAAAUACACCAGCAUCCCAGAGACUUUCUGGUGGGCCAGUAUCACCAUGACGACGGUGGGUUAUGGGGACAUCUGCCCGACCACGCCCCUUGGCAAGGUGGUGGGCACUGUGUGCUGCAUUUGCGGGGUGCUCGUCAUCGCGCUGCCCAUUCCCAUCAUCGUCAACAAUUUCGCAGAGUUCUACAAGAACCAGAUGCGGCGGGAGAAGGCUCUCAAGCGUCGCGAGGCCAUGGAAAAGGCCCGCAGGGAUGGCAGCAUCGUUACCUUCCGCCCGGUCAACUUGCGGGACGCCUUCGCCAAGAGCAUGGACCUCAUCGAUGUGCUGGUCGACACCCAACACAACGUCAGCCAGGUAGACGCCGGCAGCUUAGAAGAAGAGUCUCUGCAUUACACCACGACGGGCACCGGCUGCUACCGCAACCACGAGCACGGCUUCAAGCCACCGCCCCAACCCAAGGGGGAGGACAAUGCCACUUUCACGACGGGAGCUGACCUGGCUCCUGGCACCAUCAACCCCAGCGCACACAACAUGCUGGACGUGCCCAGACCUGUAGAGGAACUGCCGGCCAUCAAGUCGCAGGUGUUUCCCGAUGAGGUGCCUAGAAACCAAUUUUUUCAUCCAUCCACUUUGGCCGAACAAGAGUUGCCCAAGCUGAGGAUGAAGACAACAGAGGUAUCAAAUCCUAAACAACAGGCUUCUGGUAUUGACCAAUCACCACUAGAGCUUCAAGUAUUACGUACAGAAUCUUUGAGUCGUCUAAGCUGAUAAAAGAGCUAUUCUACCGAUUUUGGAGAAAAGUAAAAGAAUCUGCGGAUGUUACCUUAUUAAUCGAUCCUCUGAUGCUGAAGGAUGAAAUUUAUUGCCCAAACUCGCCGACACCAUGAUAUUCUUCACAUAUUAUACAUCAAUAUUACAGUUAUGAUGGAGAACAGCAACUCGUAACAUUAAGAUUUCAACUAUCACAAUGCUAAGAAGUUGUUUCUUUUGAAGGGCAAAUAUAUGUUCUGUUGAAAGACUUCGUAAAAAGUAUAUUUCUUUUACAAAUUAUAUCAUAUUUACCUUUACCUCUGACGUGUUAAUAAAUAAAUGACAGGUUGGCUGGUUUUGUUUUGAAAACAUCUAAUUGAAUCAAUUUUGAAACUUUUAUCAGGUGAUUCCAUGUUGC